UGCUCAUCCGCCGACAGAAAAGUAUUCGAAGAAUUGCGGGUGAUCUCGAAUUAAUGGUCCCCGAGGAAGUGAUUUAAUGUGCAUAAAUUGAACGGAUAUCCGGAACGAUUCGCCGUGAAACACUCAAAAGAUCGGAAUUUUGAGAGCACCUUCGUAAAAGUAAAGUCAACCGACAAGAUGGCUCGUCAUCUCAACCCAAAUCAGCAGAAAAUUUCAGAGAAACUCAUCAUUCUCAAUGACCGCGGUGUCGGUAUCUUAACGCGGAUUUAUAACAUCAAGAAAGCGUGCGGCGACACCAAAUCAAAGCCCGGAUUCUUAUCGGAGAAGUCACUAGAAUCGUCGAUCAAGUUCAUAGUCAAGCGGUUUCCAAAUAUUGAUAUCAAAGGCCUUGCUGCAAUCACCAACAUCAAAUCGGAGAUAAUCAAAUCUCUAUCACUGUACUAUUACACGUUUGUUGAUUUGCUGGACUUUAAGGACAAUGUUUGUGAGAUUCUUACAACCAUGGAUGCCCUGCAGAUCCACCUCGAUAUCACUUUGAAUUUUGAGCUCUCAAAAAACUAUCUAGAUCUCGUUACAACAUAUGUAUCGUUAAUGAUACUCCUCUCCCGAGUCGAAGAUCGCAAAGCCGUUCUCGGUCUAUUCAACGCUGCCUAUGAAAUGCAGCAUCAACAGAGUGAUCAAAGCUUUCCACGGCUCGGACAGAUGAUCAUCGACUAUGAUGCCCCAGUGAAGAAGCUUGCCGAUGAGUUCAUCCCUCACCAACGUUUGCUUGCAAGUGCAAUUACAUCACUUACCAAAAUAUACCCGAUGAGGAAUCUGAGCGCAGAGAAAUGGCGAGAACUGCAGCUGUUAAGUUUAGUUGGUACUCCAGCGACGUUAUUGAAGGCGGCCAAAACCGAUACGAUGUCUUGUGAAUACGUUUCACUGGAGACUCUCGAUCGUUGGGUCAUAUUCGGUUUGAUGUUGAAUCACCAGGCAUUGGGUCACCAAGAUUUGAUCACGUCCAUGUGGAUUUCUGCAUUGGAUUCAAGUUGGGUCGUGGCACUAUUCCGAGAUGAGGUCAUCUAUAUUCACCAGUACAUUCAGAACACAUUUGAAGGAAUGAAAGGGUAUGGCAAACGUAUCUCUGAAGUGAAAGAAUGCUACAAUCAAGCUGUUCAGAAAGCCGGCCUCUUACAUCGCGAGAGACGAAAGUUUUUGAGAACAGCCCUGAAGGAACUAGCACUGAUCAUGACCGAUCAACCGGGAUUACUGGGUCCGAAGGCACUAUUGAUUUUCAUUGGAUUAUGCUACGCAAGAGACGAAAUAUUGUGGUUGCUACGCCACAAUGAUAAUCCUCCGGUUGUGAAGAGCAAGGGAAAGUCUACGGAAGAUUUGGUCGAUCGGCAGUUACCGGAGCUGUUGUUUCACAUGGAAGAACUCCGGGCGUUGGUUCGGAAAUACAGUCAGGUUAUGCAGCGCUACUACGUGCAGUACUUGUCCGGCUACGACGCGAUUGAUCUGAACUUCAAGAUGCAACAAUUGCAGGUAUGUCCAGAAGAUGAAAGUAUCAUCCUCUCUUCGCUAUACAACACUGCAGCAUCGCUGAAUGUGAAACAAGUGGAAGAAAAUGAAACGUUCGAUUUUCGUGCAUUCCGGCUGGACUGGUUCCGGUUGCAAACGUUCAUGAGCGCCAAAUCGGCCAUCCGUAUAGUAGAUUUUCCGGAUCUGGCCCGCCUCCUGGACUCGAUGGUGUUCCAUACCAAAAUGGUGGACAACUUGGACGAGAUAUUGGUCGAAACCUCCGAUUUGUCCAUUUUCUGCUUCUAUAACAAAAUGUUCGAAGAUCAAUUCCACAUGUGCUUGGAAUUUCCCGCACAAAAUCGCUACAUCAUUGCAUUCCCAUUGAUUUGCAGUCACUUCCAGAACUGCACUCACGAAAUGUGCCCGGAAGAACGUCAUCACAUUCGAGAACGAUCCUUAUCGGUGGUGAACAUGUUUUUGGACGAGAUGGCAAAGGAAGCUAAGAAUAUCAUCACUACAAUAUGUGAUGAACAGUGUAUGAUGGCAGACGCAUUGCUUCCAAAGCAUUGUGCCAAAAUCCUUUCCGCUGCGGCUAGUCGAAAGAAGAAGGAUAAAAACAAGAAGCACAUGGACGACAUAAGACGACCAGGCGAUGAAAGCUACAGAAAAACACGAGAAGAGCUAACAACGAUGGAUAAACUGCACAUGGCUCUAACAGAACUCUGUUUCGCUAUUAAUUACUGCCCAACUGUUAAUGUGUGGGAAUACGCCUUCGCUCCUAGAGAAUAUCUUUGCCAACAUCUAGAAACUCGCUUCUCAAGAGCCUUGGUCGGAAUGGUUAUGUAUAACCAGGAUACAAUGGAAAUUGCUAAACCUUCUGAGCUGUUGGCAUCUGUAAGAGCUUACAUGAAUGUACUGCAAACUGUGGAAAACUAUGUUCAUAUCGACAUCACUAGGGUUUUCAACAACUGUUUGCUACAACAAACGCAGGCUCAGGAUAGUCACGGAGAGAAGACCAUUGCAGCUCAUUACAAUACUUGGUAUUCAGACGUCUUGCUGAGAAAAGUCAGCGGAGGAAACAUCGUAUUUUCGUUGAAUCAAAAAGCAUUUGUCAGUAUAACUCCAGAGGGUUGCAUUCCAUUCAAUCCGGAAGAGUUCUCCGAUUUCAACGAGCUGCGUGCCUUAGCUGAGCUAAUUGGGCCUUACGGAAUCAAGCUUCUGAAUGAAUCCUUGAUGUGGCAUAUUGCCAACCAAGUUCAGGAGCUCAAACGAAUGGUUGCACUGAACAAGGAAGUUCUCAGCAUUCUACGCAGCAAUUUUGAUAAACCGGAAAUCAUGAAAGAACAGUUCAAGCGUCUUCAACAGGUGGACAAUGUACUGCAACGCAUGACCAUCAUUGGAGUCAUUUUGAGUUUUCGCCAACUUGCCCAAGAAGCCCUAGUUGAUGUUUUAGACCAACGCAUUCCAUUCCUCUUAUCAUCCGUGAAAGAUUUCCAAGAGCACGUUCCUGGAGGCGAUCCGCUUAAGACCGUAUCCGAAAUGGCAUCUGCCUCGGGACUCAAGUGCAAAGUUGAUCCAGCAUUAUCGAACGCGUUGAAAGCCCACAAACCGGAGCUAGAUGAAGGUGAACACUUGAUAGUUUGCCUCCUGAUGGUAUUCGUUGCCGUUUCCAUUCCAAAGUUGGCCAAAAAUGAAAACUCUUUCUACCGUGCAUCCCUCGAGGCACAUACAAACAACACCCAUUGCAUGGCAGUUGCGAUUAACAACAUCUUUGGUGCAAUGUUCACGAUCUGCGGGCAGAAUGACAUUGAAGACAGGAUGAAGGAAUUUUUGGCUCUCGCGAGUUCGUCACUGCUAAGGCUAGGCCAAGAAUCGGAUAAAGAAGCGAUCAAGAACCGUGAAUCGAUCUAUCUGCUUCUGGACCAAAUCGUUCAAGAAUCACCAUUCCUCACGAUGGACUUGCUCGAAUCGUGCUUCCCAUACGCGCUGAUUAGGAACGCAUACCACGCUGUUUACAAGCAGGAGCAACUAAUGCAUUAGGAUAAUAUCAUCACCUUUUCGGAAAUUUCAGCGAUAUAUGCUUUUAUUCGAUUCGAACUAUAUUCUUACCAAAAGGAAACAUUUAGGCUAAACUUCGUAUUAUUUAAAUCGAUAUUGUGUAUCUACCAAUCGUUUAUACUUGUAAUUCCUUAAAAGUUUACGACAAACCACGCCAACAAAUAUUACACGUGAUUUAUGUACAACAUAUUUACAAUAGACGUACAUUAUUGGACAAUAAAUUUGCAACUUUUUUCGAUUUUGCAUACACAAUGGUUAACUUAAGAGUUUUAGAGUUUUACAGUUCUUCCGACAUAACUUGAAUUUCAACAUAUAUUUUUGAGUGAUUUUUCCAAUUACGAAGCCAAAAUUAACAACAAUUUAGUUCAGUUAAGUUGUGAAUUUGGAAGAGAUGACCGAGUCUUUCAUGUUUUCAAGUUAAUCGUCUAUUAAUUUUAGUUGAAAAUACUAGGGUUUCCAAUUUUCUAAAACUUCCGUGAUUCUAGGAGAUUUUUAAGUACUGUAAAACGGGAUAGCUUUGAUACUUUUUGGACUAAAAUCUAAUUAUUCUGCAUUUUUUAUUAUAGAUCUUUUAUUUUUAUUUCCAUAACAAGUGCCCUUAAUGCUACAACUAGAUAACUCGAAACUUUCAAUGUUCGAAACUUGGAUUUUCGAGAAAUCUAGUUGUAGCAUCAAGGGGACGAAGUACUGGUAUCUUAGCUAUAUAGAUUGUAGUUGAAAGAUUACAUAACGAUUCGUUUUGAAUGCGACAAUUAUUUAUCAGGUAAUCGAAAGUCGAUUUUCGGUUUUGGAGUAACUUUGAUAACGUGUAUGAGUAAUGAGCAGAAGAGUUAAACAUGUGCUAAAUGAGUUGCAAUAUCCUUGCCACUAUGGACGUGUAAAUGUUUCUUAUAUUAAUUGCAGGGAGGACAACUUUUACGGGCAAGUAGAUAUGAAAUGUUUAAAGUUGCGUGUAAUAUUUUAUAAGUGUGGUAAAAUUAUUUCAUGGAAACUAUGAAGAAUAUAUAUCAUCUUGAGUGGUACGCUACCAUCGAAUAAUAAAUUAUAAAAUAUGUAAUAUUCAACAUAAUGCGACAUUGAAAAAGAUAGCGUCAUUUAUAAACGGCAAUAUUUCAUAACAACCGUAAGAAUAAAAAUAAUAUUCAAGAAAGAUAA